UGAUUUAGAUUUCGGUUAGCCAUCGUAGGGGGUUGUCGUGCGUGAGUGCAGUAGAAACGGAGAGAGUAACAAAUUUGAAACAACAUCCGUGCAAUAUAGCAAGCAAGGACGCCAUAAUAAAAUAAGAGCGCUCCAGUAAGUGAAAAUACAAAAAAAGAGACUGAAUUAGAAAAUCAAUCGUGGAUGAAGCAUCUGGAGGAGAGACAGGCGAUAAAAAGGGGGAAUUAUUGAGAUGAAUAUGAGCGCAAUUUCCAACGGCACUUGCCCAAGGAGGAAUUUGAGAAGUAUGUUUGCUGAACGGAGCGAUUUUGUUAGCGAGGAAACUGUGUUCUGUAAACAGGACAAUUUAAAGCAGUCCCUGCGUAUACUGAAUGAGGAAUUUGAGUCGUUCGGUAUCUCGCCGGUGGCGGUGGACAAUGAUCUGCAAAGCGCAAAAUCGUUGAGAGAGCUAUCGGUGCAACUGGUAAAUGCCGCUUGGAAGUUGAUACAUAAACAUAGAUACUUAAUGCGAUUACACGAACAAUUGAUUGAUUUAAAUCAGAGAACUGUUAAUGACAAUGUUAAUCUCAAGAAUCACGUAAAGCGCCUGAAGGAAGAUCUAGAAAAGAGGGAACAUGCGAUAUGCAAGGCGGAGGAGAGAGAAAGGAGACUUAAUGUCAAAUGUGACGAUGCAGCACGCGAACUGAAGCAGGAAAGAGAGGAGAUACGAAAGCUAAGGAAACAAGCUCAGUUUAAAGAGAUUCAACAUGAGCACGAGGUAAGAAGAAUCACGCAGAAUAAGCAGAAGCUCCAAGAGCAGUUACAAAAGUCUGCUGGUUCUUUUACAUCGCGGGACAAAUUGUUACAAAAGAUGCACGAAAAGGAAGUAACUACGUACAAGCAAACCAUUUGUCGUUUGGAGGAAAACAAUAGGCAUAUGUUGGAAGAAAUUACUAGUCUGAAGGAAGCACUGGAGUUACAUCAAACCGGAAUUGAUUUGCAUAUCGAAGCUUCUGGAGUAUGGACCGAUGCAGAUAUUUAAACAUAAUUGUUAUUUGUAAUUUAUUUGUAUCUUGAAGAAGGCGCAUACAUUUGCAAGGAAUAUGGACAUUAUUAGUAACGCAGCAGUGUGGAAUUUUGUAGUGAAUAUUAUCUUUUGUAAACAGAGAGUUUUAUAUAUUUUAAAUAUCUAAGUAUCGUUAUUUUAUGUAGAUUAAAGGGUAGAAAAUUGUAGUUUAGUAAAAGUUUGUUUAAGAUGCUUGAAUUAAAUAAAAGUGCUUUGUGAUUCCCU